GGGACGUCGGAGAUUGCUUCUUUUUAUUUAAAGCUAAUGUAGAGGGGAAGAACUACUUCUUGUUUAGUUAAGUAAUUGCCUAAUUGGUACUAGAAGAAACAAACCUCACUAAAAUGCUCCCCGGACGAGAACGUGCUAAAAGAUGGAAAUUGGAGAAUGGGUAAGAUGACCCACCAGUCAAACUGUUUUCAAAGAAUGGUUUGAACAAUUUUGAAACCCAAAGUUCUCAAAUCUUUGGGUCGCUCUUUCUCCCUGGCAUUUGAUAUAUGGAAGCAGUAAGGAAGCAAGCUACCAAGCUGAGAGAACAGGUUGCCAAACAACAGCAGGAUGUCCUCAAAAGGUUUUCUGGUGGGGUGGGAGGCUCAGACAAUGGUGUAACUAAUGAAGCAGAGCUUCUGUUGCACAAAAAGCUCGAGAAACUUUACAUUUCCACCCGUGCCGGAAAGCACUUUCAAAGGGAUAUUGUUCGAGGCGUGGAGGGUUACAUUGUCACUGGAUCAAAGCAAAUUGAAAUUGGUACCAAGCUGUGCGAAGAUGCCAGAAAAUAUGGAGCCGAUAACACCUGCACUAGUAGUGGUACACUAUCCAAAGCUGCACUAAGUUAUAGCAUGGCUCGGGCUCAAAUGGAAAAGGAACGCGAUAAUCUACUAAAGGCUCUUGAAACUCAGGUUGCUGAGCCUUUUAAGGUCAAUGGGUGUGGGGGCUCCUUUGGAGGAAGCUCGCCGUCUUGCUCAGCAAUAUGAUAGGGUGAGACAGGAAGCUGAAUCCCAGGCUAUUGAAGUUUCCAGGCGGCAAGCUAGAGCAAGGGAAUCAAAUAGUAAUCCAGAUUAUAUAUCCAAGUUGGAGUCCGCAGAAAUAAAGCUUCGUGAACUUGAGUCAAAUAUGCUUAAACUGGGGAAAGAAGCUUCCGCUGCAAUGGCUGCUGUUGAAGCUCAACAACAAAGAUUGACUUUUCAGAAACUUAUAACCAUCGUCGAGGCGGAACACAGUUAUCCUCAGCGAAUUCUGCAGAUACUUGAUCAGCUUGAAGCAGAGAUGUUGUCCAAGGCGUCAUGGUAAUGAAACUCUUCCCACUCCACCACCGCCACCAUACAAUGAAGCGAGAAGUAAAUUUAUGUCUCAAGCACAAAAAGCAUCAGGGGAUGGGACUAGCUACUUCUUGGGAGAGGUUAUGCAUCCCUAUCUAGCUGAGUCAAAUAUAGAGCUCACCUUGUCAAUUGGUGACUAUGUUGUUCUCCGCCAGGUGCGGAGCAAUGGUUGGGCUGAAGGCGAAUGCAAAGGGAGGGCAGGGUGGUUCCCU